UUAUAAUGUUUUUGUGCAUGUCCAUAACCACAUCCUACAUUACAGCCUUGAGACUACAGCUAACUGUAGCAGCUGUGAAUUCUUUUAAUGUUGCAGGUAAGGAAGAGAAUCAGAGGCCAGAGUGUCUGAGGAUUGUGCUGAUAGGGAAGACUGGCUGUGGAAAGAGCUCUUCAGGAAACACCAUUUUGGGAAGGGAGGAGUUUAGAGCUGAAUCAAGUCAAAAAUCAGUCACUAAACAUUGUCAGAAAGCAGAGGCUGAAGUGGACAGUUGUCCUGUUGCUGUGGUUGACACUCCCGGUCUUUUUAGCACUGAAUUGUCCCAUAAAGAGGUGAAUGAUGAAGCAGUGAAAUGCAUCAGUCUUCUGGCUCCAGGACCACAUGUCUUCCUGUUGGUGUUACAGAUUGGCCGAUUCACAGCAGAGGAGAAGCAGAUGUUAAAACUCAUCAAGGAGGGCUUCGGGAACAAUUCAGAAAAGUUCACCAUUGUUCUUUUUACAAAAGGAGAGGACCUGAAAUAUGAGAAACUGUCUAUUGAAGAUUACAUUGAACAAAAGUGCAGUGACUCUUGUAAGAAGCUGAUCUCUGACUGUGGAGGAAGAUAUCAUGUGUUUGAUAACCGUGAUAAACACAAUCACACACAAGUGUCUGAGCUAAUAGCUAAAGUUGACUCCAUGGUGAAGGAGAACGGAGGCAGCUGCUACACCAAUGAGAUGCUGCAGGAGGCUGAUGCAGCAAUAAAGAAGGAGGUGGAGAGGAUCCUGAAGGAGAAGGAAGAAGAGAUGAGGAGGCAGAAAGAGGAGCUGGAAAGAAAACAUGAGGAAGAAAAGGAAGCCAUG